CCACAACGUUUUCCCAUUGACCACAACUGAUCCGACUCUGCGUCAUUCCUCCACCUCUUCCCUACAAACUCGCCAAAUACGCACAAAACACCUUGUCACCAUGAUGUCUGCACGCCCCAUUGCCCGCGCCGCCGUGCCCCGUGCAGUCGCGCGGAGCACCCGCAACGUCGGCCGCCAGACCAGAUUCCAGUCCACCACAUCGAGCUCCAGCAGCAGCAGCGGCAGCAGCGGCUCACACAUCGCCUCUGGUCUUGCUGGUGGUGCCGCGGCCGGCCUGGUCCUGUACGGCGUCUUCCUCUUGACGCCCUCUGGCCGCAUGCACAGCACCAUCAACAAGGGCGCCAUCGAGGCCAACAAGAAGUACAAGGAGGCGACCAAGAAGCUCCAGGAGACCACCCCCAACGCCGACCAGGCGAUCGACUACAUCAAGAAAUACUGCUACACCUACGUUGGCUGGAUCCCCAACGGCCGCCAGUAUGUCGAUGCUGCUUUCCAGGACAUUGACACUCUGCGCGAGCACCACGGCGACGAGGUCAAUGCUGCCGUCAGCGACACCUACAAGCGCUUCCAGGAGCUGUCCAAGUCCGGUCUCAGCAUGGAGACCGCCUCCAAGGCCUUUGACGCGCUCACAGAGUUCUCCAAGAGGCUGGCCGACAUUACUGGUGAUGCUCUCGGCGACAUCCUCGAGAACCACCCCGAGGCCAAGAAGAAGUUUGGCGGCAGCAUUGACCAGCUCAAGGAGCUGAGCGACAAGUACGGUCCUGAGGUUAAGCAACAGGUUGACGAGACAUACAAGCAGGUCAAGGACGUCCUCGCGGGUGGCUUCAGUGCUGCCAACCUUGACAAGGCUCGCAAGCUCAUGCAGGACAAGGUUGAGCAGGUCAAGAAGCUGGGUGAUGAGGCCUACAAGAAGGGUCUCGAGCAGGCGAAGCCCUACCUUGAUAAGAACCCCAAGGUCAAGGAGAUUAUUGAGAAGAACGGCGAUGCGCUGAAGCAGGGCAACGUGAAGGAGCUUUUCGAGAAGGCCAAGAAGGCUGCCGAAUCCGGCGACCUCGGCGACCUGGAGAAGUAUGUCAACGAUGCUACGGAGAAGGCCAAGUCCAAGGGCUCCGAGGCGGCCAGCAGCUUCGGGCUGGACCAGUACUUUGACAAGAUCCCUAGCGGCAGCGAGAUCCUCGCCAAAGUCAACCAGCUGAGAGAGGUUGCCGACAAGCACAAGGAUGAAGGCGAGAAACUGCUCAAGGAGACCAUGGACGAGCUGAAGCAGGUCCUUGAGAAGAAGUCCGAAAAGGCCCAGGAGAUUGCCGACAAGGCGAAGAAGGAUGCCAAAUAAGGAAGGGCGAGCGCGCCACCAGCAUUCGUGUACUUGUACUCAUAGUCUAGCAUUGUUCGGCGUUGGGGGAUUCAGAACCACUAAAAUUUAAUUGAUCAUUACGAUGGCAAUCAAAGAACCUAUUCCAUUAGA